AGAUAAAUAAAAAUUAAAAAUUCACGUGGUUGCUAAACUUGAUUUAUAUCGCUAAAUUUAACAUAUAUUUUGUUUGAAAAAAAUGUCAUACCAACACGAGAGGUGGGUCAUCCAAAAUUCGUGAGCAUGCCAUUGAAAGUAUACCUACUACCUAUCCAACAUAUACUUAGGUAAAGUCGUGUCGGAUUGCCUAUAUAUAUAUAGGUUGGCAGGAGCAGGCCAACUUGAAAGUUAGGUAGUCGAUUUUCACUUGAGGUGACUUACCUGCAAGACACUCCAACACGGUUUUCAAUUUAGCACUUACGGAAAAGCACUGGACCUGCGACUGCACACGCCACACAGGCGGAUUGCUCAUAUUAGUUUCGUCUUAGACUCUUUAACCUGUGAUGGUGUAAUGAGUGAUGACUGACUUACUAGACACUCAAACACAGAUUUCUAGUUUAUGUCAAUUUACAUACAAAAAUGCAGUGGACAUACGACGGGGGACCGUAUCAUUCAAUUGCCGAAUUUCAUGGGCAGUGUGAGAUUUCCAGACACUCAAACUCGACUUCCAAACAUUCCCGCCUUCGAAACGAGACCGCCAAUGAGCCAAGUCUUAUCACAAGACACAAAUCCACCUCCAAAAUCACCAUUAAGUUCUCUAACUUUUUGACAAUUUUACCGACCUACAGUUUUAUAAUGAUGAUGAAGCAAGGAAGUAUACCCAAAAUUCUCGGAUGAUAAACAUUCAAUUAGAAAUGGCUGAAAGGUGUAUGGAAUUGUUGAUGUUGCCAGAAGAUGAAACCUGUUUGCUAUUAGAUUUAGGAUGUGGUUCUGGUCUAAGUGGCAGUAUUGCUGAAGAUUCGGGUCAUAUUUGGUUUGGCAUGGACAUUUCAGGCUCCAUGUUAAAAGUAGCAAAAGAAAGAGAAGUUGAAGGUGACUUAUUGUUGGCAGACAUUGGGGAUGGUGUUCCAUUUCAACCUGGUACAUUUGACGGUGCAUACAGUGUAAGCACAUUACAAUGGUUAUGUAAUGCAGAUAAAUCAUCACAUAAACCUGCAAAAAGGUUGUAUACCUUGUUUUCAACAUUAUUAGCUUGCUUGAACCGUAAUGCGAGAGCAGUAUUUCAAUUUUAUCCAGAAAAUGUACAUCAAACAGAUUUGGUUGUUUCACAAGCGAGAAAAGCUGGAUUUUUCGGAGGAUUGUUGGUUGAUUUUCCUGAUAGUUCUAAAGCUAAAAAAUACUUUCUCGUUUUGAUGACUGGUGGUGCUAUGCCCAUGCCUCCUGCACUUGGUACAGAAAAUUCACAAAUUAAUUAUACAUCAAAAAGAGAAAAAAUGACGAAAGGGCGUGCUUCAAAAUUAGUAAAAAAAAGUAGAGAAUGGAUUUUAGAAAAAAAAGAAAGGAGAAGACGUCAAGGAAGAACUACUAGAGAAGAUACCAAGUACACAGGUCGAUCAAGGAGUGGACGGUUUUGAUUUUAUUUGUAAACUAAUUUAUAUUUUGUCAAUUUCAAUAAACUGUUAUUUAUUUAAGGAUAAAC